AAAGAAUUUUAUUUACUUAUUGGUUUAGAAAAAAGAAGUUACACAUUUAAAAGUUAAAUAAUUUUUUUAAAAAAAUAUUUUAUUUUAUGAAAUGGGGAGUAAAAAAUAAAAAAUAAAUGAUGGUAAGGUUUGUAGAGUACUCCCUAUUUUGUAAUUCAAACCUCACCAAACAUCCAAAAUGAGUUUGAAGUCAAUUUUGGAGUCAUCACCUUUAUUUUCCAUGAAAAGAAUAAGGAGCUUUCAACUCCAACAAUUCUUAUCCUGGUGAACAGCAGCAGGAAGCGGCAAAGCAUGGGAAUCCUCAGAAGACUCAGCUCAGACGAGCUCCAAUUCUUCAACGCUCAAGGGUAUCUUGUGCUGGAAUCGUUCUCCGCCGCAGAAGAGAUUGAAUCCAUGAGGAGGAGAAUGGAGGAGUUGCUUGACGGGUUCGAUUGUUCUUCCACGACCUCAGUUUUCUCCACCAAGAACCAGAAACAGACUACUGACAAUUAUUUCUUCGAAAGUGCUGAGAAGGUUUCUUUUUUCUUUGAAGAGAAAGCAUUUGGGGAUGAUGGUAACCUGAAGCAGCCAAAGCAUCUCUCCAUCAACAAAGUUGGCCAUGCUUUGCAUGAAAUCGAUCCUGUAUUUAAGAAAUUCUCUAGUUCAGAGAAAUUGUCUGGUCUGCUCCAAUCUUUGGGUUAUCAGAGGCCAGCUGUUCUUCAGUCCAUGUACAUAUUUAAGCAACCAGGUAUUGGUGGUGAAGUGGUGCCACACCAGGAUAACUCGUUCCUGCAUACCGAGCCAAGAACUUGCAUAGGGUUGUGGUUGGCUUUAGAGGAUGCAACAGUUAAAAACGGUUGUCUAUGGGCUAUUCCAGGGUCUCAUAAAAAUGGCCUCGUGAGGAGAUUUAUUAGAGAUGAGAAUGGGGUUCACUUUGAUAAGCCACCCCCUUUAUAUGACCAAAAAGAUUUUGUUCCUAUCGAAGUUAAAGCUGGGACUCUGAUUGUAAUUCAUGGUGACCUUAUCCACCAGAGCUUUGAGAAUGAGUCUGAAAAGUCAAGGCAUGCAUACAGUGUGCAUGUAGUAGACACAGAUGGCUGCAAAUGGUCGGAAGACAAUUGGAUUAGGAGGAAAACAGACCCAGAGCCCAUAUACAACAGUUCUUGACGAUUCAGCCGUCCAAACGUGGCAUCAGGUUCUUUGUAAUGCUAAAAACAAAAUCUAACUUUAAAUCAUUCUGAUUACUUCUUUGCAUCUGAACAUAACUCAAUGUUAAUAAGUAACAUUUUUCUUUUGGCAUUUGUUAUUGGUGUAUUUUUUUUUAAAAAAAAUAUGAUGAAGUGUU